CCCUCACCACCACCACCACCACCAUCUUCACCAUCAUCACACACCUCCACAGCAGCAAGGCUUGAGUCAAACCCAACAGCAGCAUCACGGAGAGAUCCAAAACAACACCAACAACAACCACCGCUCUGCGCAUGGAGACCUCGGGAACCCCGGCGCGGAGGAAAUUUCGGGGUGAGCAGACCGAGCUCCGUGGGGAAAUUCUUGAAUAAAAGUGACAGGGAGGAAUCGUCGUUCGUCUAACACGGUGGCGGAUCGGAUGGGCAGCAGGUACGACUCGUCUAAAAUCGGACCGACGAGUAACGACAACGACAACAACAACAACAACAACAGCGGCAGCAGCAGCAGCAGCAACAACAACAGCAGCAACAACCACGACGACGGCAGCGAGUCGUCUCGAAGUGGGAACGGCUCAGGUUUUGAGUUUAAUCAUUAUUAUGGGGAUGGAAGAAGAGGAGGGCCUUGCUUUGAUCAACAUGGCGGACAACAAAGCCUUGGUGCUGUAACGCAUUCGGCACGGAACAACAUGGAUCAAAUGCAAAACUCGCACGAAGAGUAUCACAAUAAUCCGUACAACCACUAUCCGAACUACCGAUCCGGUUACGGUGGGGCUGGAUAUGGGAUGAUGAGCCCAUCGCGGCAAGGAAACGCCAUGGGCCCAGGCAGCAACUCAGCUACAGCCGCCGCCGCCGCUGCUGCUGCUGCCGCCGCCGCCGCUGCUGCUGCUGCUGCUCACGGUAAAGCUGCUAUGGCUUCUCCUUCUGCCCCGUCUCCUGCUACAAACGUCGGCGGGUUUCAGAGGUUUCCGCCCGGGCAGAAUAAGCAGCAGCAGCAGCAGCAGCAGCACCCAUCGGGUUCCACGCCGACUUUAAAUCAGCUUCUGACCUCUCCGAGCCCGAUGAUGCGCGGUUAUGGAAGCGGCUAUCAAGAUUACAAUAAUAAUCCCUCGGCUCAGCAGCAGGCGAGCAUGGGGCUCGGCAAAGACAUGAGCUCCCCGUACGGCUCCGCAAGCCACGGCUGGGGGACACAACAAAGAAACCACCCGGCCAUGAGCCCUGGGAAUAACGGCCAAGGAAACGCCAGAUCCCAGGUGACACCUAUGGACGCCAUGGCCAUGAAGCGCUCUCAGCUUUACAGCAUGACAAACAGCCCUUAUUCUCAACAGCCACAACAACAACAACAACAACAACAGCAGCAGCAGCAGCAGCAGCCAGGUGGAGCCUACUCCGGCCAGCCAUACGGAGCUCCCGCUCCACACCGAUAUCCGAUGGGAAUGCAGGGGCGUGGCCAAGUCGGCAUGGGAGCCCUGCAGUACCAUCAUCAACAGCAGGUCCCGGCGCAGUAUGGACAGCAGGGCAUGGGGGGAUACUGCCAGCAGGGUCAGCCUCCGUACUUCAGCCCUCCUCAUCAGCAGCCUGCAGCUCCCUCUCAGCCUCACUACAUGCAGCCACGAGCUCCACCGCAGCAGGAUGCUCCUCAGGAGGCGUACGGCAGCAGAGCCCAGCCAGCUAUGACUCCCGGGAAGCCGAACCAUGAUGACAUGGGCCUGAACCAGCAAGAGCGGCCAUCCAGCCUUCCGGACCUGUCGGGCUCCAUAGACGACCUCCCGACGGGGACGGAGGCAGCACUGAGCUCAGCCGUCAGCGCCUCGGGUUCCACCAGCAGCCAGGGCGAGCAGAGCAACACGGCGCAGUCCCCGUUCUCCCCUCACGCGUCGCCCCGUCUCUCCGGCCUGCGUAGCGGACCCUCGCCUUCUCCGGUCGGCUCACCCGUGGGCUCCAGCCAUUCACGAUCCGGACCCAUAUCACCCGCCAGCGUACCAGGUACACAGAUGGCCCCACAAACCCCAGGGAACGUAUCAGAUGUGGCAUCCCAUUCCACCCUCAGUCAGUCGCCCAUGUCUCAAGAGAGGGGAUUUGCCUCCAACCUGCAGCGCAGUGGCCCCGGCCCUCAGUUUGGCCCCCAGCAGCCUGGACCCCCCAUGUCCCCUCACCCCUCCCCAGGAGGCCCCAUGCACCACAACGUGGGCUCUUACCAGCAGGGUGGCCCCGGGUACGGGCCCCAGGGCGGGCAGUAUGGCCCUUCAGGUAACUAUCCUCGUCCACCCAGCUACGGCGGUGCUCCAGGCCCCAGCUACAGCGGCCCCGGGCCUGGCAUGAGCCUAGGCAUGAACGCCAGCAGCCCCAUGCAUGGCCAGGGCCCCGGACAGCCCUGCGGCUCGAUGCCUGCUGCUAGGGGUCCCGCUCAGCCGGGCGGAGGACGUCCGUACCCAGCAGGCUCCAGCGGUGCGGCACCCACAUCUCCCAGCAUGCCUCAGUCUGCAGGGCCCGGCAUGGGCCCACCUCCACCGACGAGCGGCCGGAAACCUCACGAGAGCGGUGCUGCUCCCUCACCACAGAACCCCCACGCACCCGGACCGGCUAGGCCUCCAUAUACCAGGUCCCCUGUGUACCCGGGGGUACGACCGAACCCUUUUACUCCCCCUCAUUUCCCUCAGGCCCAUACCAGCCUCUACACCAGUGGCCCAGGCCAGCCUCAGCCCGAGCAUUAUGGGUCUGGCGGGUACCCAGGUGGGCCCCCAAUGGGUGGAAUGGGUCCCGGAGGCCCCUACAACCCACCACAGAGCGCUAACUCGAGCCGGAUGAACCUACAGGGUCCUCCAUACAGUACCAUGCCUUCGGGACCCAUGCCCAUGGGGCCCGGAGACGGCAUGCCUCCCACUGAGCCGAAACAGAGAGCAGAGAAGGAGGAAGGUGGAGUGGCUUGCAACGAACCACCAAAAUCAAAGGACAGCUCCAGCUCCCACUGUGUGUCUCAGCCCCCCACCCCGUCUCCCCUGUCCCCCAGCCCUGCUAGUCUGUCCUCUAAUCACGGCGAUGACAGUGACAGCAUUAGCAGUCCAGCCUGGCCAAAGACCCCCAGCAGCCCUAAGCCGAACUCUGCCACCAUGACGAACGAGAAGAUCACACGCCUGUAUGAAAUGGGGAACGAGCCGGAGAGGAGGGCCUGGGUGGACCGUUACCUGGCUUUCAUGGAGGAGAGGGGCACACCUGUACCCAACUUACCUGCUGUAGGCAAGAAACCCCUGGACCUGUGCCGCCUCUACUUGUGUGUGCGGGACAUCGGAGGCCUGGCCAUGGUGAAUAAGAAUAAGAAGUGGCGCGAGCUCUCCACUCUUCUGAACGUGGGAACAUCCAGCAGCUCGGCUAGCUCUCUGAAGAAGCAGUACAUCCAGUACCUGUUCGCUUAUGAGUGUAAGGUGGAGCGUGGUGAAGAACCUCCACCAGAUGCCUUCAACACUGACAGCAAGAAGCAGCAGCAAGCCAAGAUCCAACCACCAUCACCGGCAAACUCCGGCUCUCUCCAAGGCCCUCAGACUCCUCAGUCUACAGGCAGCAGCUCCAUGACAGAGAUGCCCGGGGAUUUAAAGCCCCCGACUCCAGCCUCUACGCCACACAGCCAUAUGCCCCCUCAGCAAAGUGGCAGAAACAGUGGUGUCAGUGUGCAGGAUCCGUUUUCUGAUAGCAGCGAUCCAGCUUUCCAAAAGCGAGCCGGUGUCCCACCUGGUAUGAUGUACCAGCAGGGAGGAGGGGGAAUAGAUACACGAAUGCAGUACGAUGCCAACAAGGAGCCCUAUGGAGGUCAAAGGAAAGGUGGAAAUGACUCGUUCAUGUCAGGGUCAAUGCCCAGCAGUGGUAUGCAGGACAUGUAUCCACGAGGACCCCCCCAGAGCAUGGGCAUGGGCAUGAGACCCCAGUAUCCUUACAGCCAAGGAUUUGACAGAAGGCCUGAACAUGCCAUGGGGCCAGAUGGUGGAAUGGUGCCUCCUGGAAAUCAGAACAACAUGAUGCCUUCCAACAGCGAUCCAAACAUGUACCCAGGCAAUAGAUACUCUGCACAUCAGAGGCAUGGUCAUGAUGGUUACGGACAGCAGUAUCCUCAAGGCAUGCCAUACGGUGGACAUGGAAUGUACCCACAGCCACAGGGCUAUAAGAGACCCGGGGAAGGGAUGUACGGCCCUCCAGCAAAGCGUCAUGAGGGCGAUUCCUAUGGCAUGCAGUUCAGUGGCCAGCAGCCGGAUAUGUACGGUCAGUACGGUGGAUACCCAGAGCGCAGACCUAUGCAGGGGCAGUUCCCGUACCCAUAUAACCGUGAACGCAUGCAGCAUGGGGCACAAGGACCUCCUCAGCAUGGCAUGAUGAGUGGAGGACCAUCCCCAACUCCCAGUGCAGGGCCCCAAGGAAACAUGUGGCACCCCAGGCCUGAUAUGGGCUACCCUUACCCUAGCAGACAGGGUCACGGGCCUCCAUACCCCUCCAUGAGCCGUCCAGAUGACCCAGAGGGCAGGGCAAAUCAGGAUGGUCAGUGGGCGAGUCACCCCAGCCAACGUCAGUCUCCUUAUCCUCCCCAGUCAUCUGCUAGCUCCAUGCCGCCCAUGACAAACCGCCAGCCUCCGUCCUCUUACCAGUCCCCUCCAGCCAUGCCCAACCACAUUGCCCGUGCUCCGAGUCCAGCACCAUUCCCCAGACCUAUGGGAGGUUCCAUGUCCCCCAAUAAAGCUCAUCUGAUGCCGUCUAUGAAAAUGCCAAAACCAGGGGUUCCUGGGUCUAUGCCAGGAUCUCAGAGUGGAGGUGUCCCCGGUCAAGGCCUCCCGCCCAUACACAGAGAGAUCAGCUUUCCACUGGAUUCUGUUGAGGCUACACAGCCUCAGCUAAAGCCUCGCCGAAGGUUAACCUCCAAAGACAUUGGGACACCAGAGGCCUGGCGCGUGAUGAUGUCUCUGAAGUCUGGUUUGCUAGCAGAGAGCACUUGGGCUUUGGACACCAUAAACAUUCUGCUAUAUGAUGAUAACACGGUGUCGUCUUUUACCUUGUCACAAUUGCCUGGUUUCUUGGAACUUAUAGUUGAAUAUUUCAGAAGAUGCUUGAUCGAGAUCUUUGGAAUCCUGGAGGAAUAUGAAGUGGGUACCGAGGGCCAAAAGACGUUACUCGGCCCCCUCCCAGGGCCAGCAGAAAAAGAGGAGCUGGAGCUUCAGGAGCAGGAUAGUAAUUCAAAUAUUGAGCAGGUAGACAAGAAGCCUGAAACAGUGUCUCAAAAGUGUGUCCCCAGCACCACAUCUGGAGCACUGGAACCAUUGGAGAAGAUGCCAGCAGAGACAAUUAAGGAGGAGAUGGACAGCCAAAACGAAACGGUUAAAGAAGAUUGUCCUACCACAGAACCCAGGCCCAAGCAAGCUAGCAAGUACGACAGAUUGCCAGUGAAGGUGGAGGAGAGGGAGGCAAUCGCAGACCUGGUGGAAGACCGAUCAGAAAAGCUGGGCUUGGCUGCAGAGUUUACCAGCGGCCUGCUGCACUGGACGGCUGGGGGAGGAGACUCCACUGCCCACAUCCAGACCCACUUUGAUAGAAAAUAUGAGGAGACUGUACCUAAAUCAUUAAUAACUAAGGACAUCGAGGAGGUCAAAGAACAAGACACUGAGGAUCCCAGUCAAGAGGAAUCAUCUCAUAAGCAAGAGCAGGAUGUCACAGAUAAGAGUCUGACAGCCACUGCAGAUGAUGCGGGAUCUCUACCCGAGAGCGAGGCCCAAGAGUCCACCUCGCAGAGCCAAGAGAACCACCGCAGUAUCAACCCGCUGGAAGAUGAGCCACGUUGCUGGGACGAAGCACCACUUUCCACAGCCGAGGACUGGCAGGAUGAGCUGGCUAAACGCUGCAUAUGCAUCUCCAACAUAGUCCGUGGGCUCUCCUUCGUGCCAGGUAAUGAUGCUGACAUGGCACGGCAUCCAGGUCUGGUACUUAUCCUGGGCAAGCUGGUGCUCUUGCACCAUGAACACCCAAAGAGGAAGAGGACACCUCCAACCUACCAGCGUGAAGAGGAACGAAGUCUGGCUUGUAGCAAGGAUGAGUGGUGGUGGGACUGCCUUGGUGCCUUGCAUGAGAACACCUUGGUGACCUUGGCCAACAUUUCAGGGCAGCUUGAUCUGUCAGUCUAUCCUGAGAGCAUCUGCUUGCCCAUUCUGGACGGGCUUUUGCACUGGAUGGUUUGUCCUUCAGCCGAGGCCCAGGACCCUUUCAGCACGGCGGGCGGCUUUUCUUCUCUGACCCCACAGAGGCUGGUACUGGAGUGCUUGUGCAAGCUGAGCAUCCAGGACUGUAAUGUGGACCUGCUGUUAGCAACGCCACCGUUCAGCCGCCAGGAACGCCUCUUUGCCACAUUAGUGCGUCACGUGGGCGAACGCAAGAGCCAGGUGUGCCGGGAGAUGGCCGUGGCCGUCCUCGCUAACCUGGCACAGGGUGAUCCUACGGCAGCGCGAGCCAUUGCACUUCAGAAGGGCAGCAUCGGGACCCUGAUAGGCUUUUUAGAGGACAGUCUCGCCAUGGCACAGUAUCAGCAGAGCCCACACAGCCUGCUACACGCAGGACAUCCAACCCACCCAGAGCCACCCAGCAUCAACAUGAUGUGCCGGGCCGCUAAAGCUUUAAUGGCGAUCGCUCAGGUUGAGGAGAACCGGCCCGAGUUCGUGUUGUACGAGAGCCGCCUGCUGGACAUCACGUUGUCGUCCGUGCUGAACUCUAGCGUGGCAGCCAUUUUGUGCGAGGUGCUGUUUAAGCUGGGACGCUCGUGACACGAGCGCUAGCCCGGCAGUGCUGAAAAUGAGCGGGACAAGCCACACGUCGAGAUCGUCGGUGUUAUAUUUUUAUUUAAAUAAAAAAAAAUAAAUAAAUAAAAAGACAAAAAAUGUUUUUACUUACAAACAGUUAUAUAGAGAAUAUAUAUAGCUCCUCUACCCCCUCUUUUUUCAUUUUGGAUUUUUAAAUGAUUUUAAUACAAAUAUUUAAUAUUUCACGGUGUUAUUUUUUUUCUUUUCUAUUCUUUUUUUUUUAAUGCUUCGUUUUGUGUUCCUUUUUAUUUUCCAGUUCCAUUUUAACCAAAGUUGGCAUCUGAUAGAUACUGUGUUAGUUUUUGGAAAUUUUUUUGCUCUUAAGAUUUUAUUUUUUUUCUCCCAUUGUUUGUGGCUGUUUUUGGUGGGACUUUGUUUAUUUGGGGAUGCACAUUUAUUUAAAUUGUGAGAUGUGUUGUAGAUAGAACUUUUCUUGCAAUGUGUUAAAGGAAAAAAAAAAAAAACAAAACAAAAAAACACUGAUUUACUCAAGAUAUACAUGUAUCCAGCUCUGAAAAGCAUUGUGCAAUUGGGUGUAGAGAUGGCUUGUUGGAGGGGAGAUUACCAAAUGUGAAUGACUCUUUACCACGGGCAAUAUUAAAAUCUGAUGACCAGUAUUGCACUGCGUAACCACACCAGUAUGUGAGGGUAAAGUGAGAGCUGUUUUGUUUUUUUUGUUUUUUAAAACUUUACUCGCUUCCACCAGUAUGACCAUUAGACCGCAGGAUCAACAGUCUGAAACGGACCUCUAAAGCGCUUCAGUUACCACUUCUCUUCAUUCAACUUUCUGGGCUGAUUUGUGUAUAUAUGAGCUGUAUAUUAAACAGGCCCUCUUCACUUUUUAUUUCUCCGAGAGACGUGGUAUUAUACAAAGUCGAUGGUAGUCGAAGCUAAUUAUUAACAACGGUCUGAAAAUGAAAUUUUCUUCGCCAUCUCUUCUGUCGAGGGUAGUCUGCUGUUGUGUAGGAUCCUUCCUGCAUGGACUGAGCUACACACAAUUCUGUAAAACGGAUAGGAACAGGUCCCUCAAACGGCUUCGGAUGAAAACGAUAAAAGACACAGGCUCAUGGAAAAGUCAGUCGGUGUAACUGUAAUCCAGCAAAAUUUGAAGUUAUCCCAAAAGUGACUUGAACAAAGAAUUCCAAUGAAAAUGUACAACUCUGUGAACUUUUUUUUUUUUUUUUUUCCAUGCCAUAUGAUUUGAUGAACAUUGUUUAUUAGUAUAAAGUCUUUAUACUACAUGUUCCACAUGUUAAAAGUAAAUGUACAUGAAAUCUG